GCCUGACAAUUUAUUUUUAAAGUCGUCACAAGCCCUACUUUAAAGCCACUCAAAUAUGUCGAUGAUGUUCAAUAUGGAAUGGGGCUACUUAGAGGCCCUCACGCGAGGCUUCAAAAACGGGAUGCUGAAGAACUCAGACUACCUCAACCUAACGCAGUGCGAGAGCCUCGAGGAUGUAAUGAUCAGCAUUAUUGGCACCGAUUAUGGGAACAUUUUCGGUGGGCACGGCGAGCCGAGUGUGGGGUUGAUCAACAUGAGGCUGCAGGACCGUCUGAGGCAGCAGUUUGACUACAUCCGCUGUCACUCUUCAGAGCCUCUGACCACAUUCAUGGAGUACAUCCGAUACCCGUAUAUGAUUGACAACAUUGCCAUGCUGAUCGCUGGCUUGAAUAACCGGCGGCCCAUGAAGCGUCUGCUUAAGAUGUGCCACCCUCUGGGUGUGUUUGACCAGCUUGGUGCCAUCGAGUUGGUUACGGACUUGUCGGAGCUCUUCGACUGUGUGCUUAUUGACACACCCAUCGCACAGUUUAUACCCUCGGAUAUGCCACGGGAGUCGUUGCGUGAAAUAGACGUGGAGAUCGUGAGAGCCAGCCUGUACCGGGCCUAUCUGGAGGGCUUCUACACCUACUGUUCUAGUCUGGGGGGCAGCACCGCCGAAGUGAUGACCAAUUUGCUGGCCUUCGAGGCCGAUCGCCGGGCUAUCACCAUAGCCGUAAAUGCGCUAGACAGCGAGAUUAGACCACCACACCGCAAGAAGAUGUUUCCCACCUGUGGACACCUGCCACAGGUGGCCCUGGAUCACUUAGCCUAUGCCACCGAUGCGGAAAAGAUACGAGAUGUGUGUAACAUGUACGAUGGAUAUGGCAAGUUGUUCGAUAUCUUCGACCGAGACACCGACGGCAUGAUUACUCUGGAGGAUCGCUUCCUCAUGCUGGAGGCCAAGAAGAACGCCAGCUCGUUUCUGCAGCAGUAUCACUUUGGCAUCUUUUAUUCGUUCAUCAAGCUGAAGCAGCUGGAGUGCCGCAACAUUGUCUGGAUUAGCGAGUGUAUCUCGCAGCGCCAGACGGACAAGGUCAACUACUACAUUCCCAUUCCACUGGACUAUUAAUCGUUGUUUUGCUGUAUAUCUAGACGAGAUUUUAGGUUAAUUAUAAAAAAUUGUUCAAUUUCA